AUGAACACUCUUGCUGUUGUCUCAAUCAUUUUCUUCCUCAUUUCAACUGCCUUCGCCCAAAAGUUCGGCGCCAAAGGAUCGCCAGAAGUUGUACCACAAAUGGCUGCACUUUACGACGGAGAAGCUAGAAAUAGCGGAUUAAACAAGGUCACUGAGCAAUUGCUCAACGCGUUGACGGAGCUUGAGAACCUUCAGGAAGGCGGACACCCGCUGAAAAUGGCUGCUGAGAAGCGACGAAACAAGUUUGAGUUCAUUCGUUUUGGAAGAAAGUAA